UCAGUCGAAAACGAAAAAUUUAAUUGUUCAGGUGAACAACGUGUGUGUAUAGCAAGACCGAAAGCAAUGAGUUCUACUAAGCAAUGGAUUCGUGAUCCAGAACAUCCAACCCAAUGGAUACUGAAUCCGAACUUCCGAGCAGAUCCACCAUCAAUGCAAAUUCAACCGAUCGAAGAACCGAUAAUACAACUGCCAGUGGAAUCACCGCCUGUGGAACUACCGAAAAUCGAACCACCAUCACAGCAAAUUCAACCGAUUCUUGUACCAGUGACACCACAGCCAGUCGAACUGCCACAAGUGGCUCCACCAAUGAUAAUUCAACCAAUUAUUGAGCCAGUGACCCCACUGCCAGUGGAGCUACCACAAGUAGCUCCACCAAUGCAAAUUCAACCGAUUAUUGAGCCAGUGACCCCACUGCCAGUGGCUCUACCACCGACUAUGCAAAUUCAACCGAUCGUAGAUCCAGUUCAAUUGCCAGGAGUGGUUGUAGACUCUCGCGAAGCACCAUUGUUCCAUCCUGGAUUUUUCUGCGUCGGACCUGCAAAGUGUCCACAUUUUUCGCAUAAAACGUAGACACCAUCAUGAAGUGCAUCGCAAAAUAAUGCAAUUCUUCUAGCCAGUAAAAACCCAAUCAUUCUAUCGGUUCUUUAGUGGCAAAAUGACUGAUAGAAGCAAAUCAAUUUCAUUGAACGUUUUCGCAAUGUUAAAUGUGAUUAGAAGCAUAAUUCUCUCGGAAUGUGCGCGAAAGGCAUUGAAAAUUUGUUUGCUUUUAUCUAUUAAUGCUACAAAAUCCGUCUGGAAUCUAGAAAUUUGUUGAUAACUGGCUUGAGGUAAGCUUUUCGUUGUGUAACUCAAUUUAAAUCAAUAAAACUUUAACG